GAAUCAUUGGACCAGUUGGACUGUCUGCUACCCGCGAACGUGAUAAUAAACAAAAGGACGCAGUUCAUUGGCGUCAUCAUUAAGCAUCGUCGAAAAGUUCACGGUAACGUUAGAGCAAAGAUUCAACCGUCUCUGGUUAGAGGCUGCUGCGUUGAGUAGCUGCAGAGCCUGUCUCGUCUUAAUGUCUUAUUAGACAUUCUCUAGCUGGUUUGUUUGUUAGUUAGGGAGUGUUUCCACAUGUAUUUAGUCUGCUUUCGUUCUAAAGGCAGGGCAACUCAAUGACCCGAUAUCGGAGCCAUAGCGUCUGCUAAUUUUCGAGCUUUUAUUAGGCACUAGCUACCAGCGAGUGAAUUCGUUUAAACAUAAAAUACUUAUUUUAGAUUCAUUGGGUAACCGCAGCGGUUCAUAUUACUAUCAGCUUCUGACUCAGCUGCUGUAUGAUAGUGCGUUAGAUCGUUAAACCUGCAUGAUGGGUAACAUAAAAACCAGAAUGAUAGUUAGCUAAUCAGCUAACACCACUGAGUUGGAGUCGAGUUGUUUUGCAAAAGCCUGAUAUUACGAUGGUAUUCUCUUUGGUGGACCUGUGUGCUAAGGAAGUGGUUAGUGACCAUAGUUCGUCGCCGUGUUGGCUCGGUAGUGUGCCCAGAGAAUUGUACGGACCGCUUCUUGAGGCGGCGUUCACCUACUGUCGUCCGCUAGCCAUUGGCGAAUUAGUGCAGCGAUGGCCCGAACGUGCUCUGGCCGUAGGAAGGAAGAGACGACCAGGACAAAAUCCCCCUAACCGACUCUGCGUCCAGGCGCUGCUGUUGGCUGUUGUGAGAGGAUUGGCAGACAAAAGGUGUGCCCUGCAGUUGCUGGAUCUAUGUGGGUUACAGUGUGAAGAUGAAUGUGUGGAAGACUCAAUGGGUGGCUGGUCUCUCACUGUUGCCCUUUGCUCCAUGGUGCUGCAGGCUACAGUUGCUGCCCAGAAAGGUGUUAGAAAAGAGGGGGAACGGGAGAGGAAGAGAAGCCUGGAGACUGAGAGAACCAGGGACAGUGCCAUAAAGCGGGACCGUGGAUCAGGUGGCCGAGGCAUAGAAGUGGAGAAGGGCAGUGAGGAGGAGUUGGAGGGCAAAGGGCUAAAGGUGGACCGCCUCCGGGACCUACGAGUGGAGGAGGGGGGAGAGGUUGUGAUGGGGGUGAGGAGGCGGAUGGAGAUGCAGAAGAGGAGCGGUUCAGUAGACCUGAACAGAGAGAGCGGUGACCUUGACCCUGAACCGGUACUGUUGCAUGUCUGUGCUGACCUGUUUGUCAACGCCCGGUCUUGGGAGCGCAUGCGUGGGGCGCUCACCUCUCAGGGGCCCCUGCGGCUCCACUGUCGCUACCUCCGCGUGGAAGAGCUGCCGGCUCCCUCGAUCGCUGCUCUUCUCUCCCUCCUGCCCGAGCAGGGCCUCCGGGGCCUGGACAUCCGUUACUCCAGCCUGGCGGUGUCAGGCCUGGCCUUGCUCCUGCCUCUGCUGGCCCCCUUCUCUCACCUGCGCGCCCUGAAGCUUCAUUACUGUAACUUGGACCUGCACAGGGCCCUGCCUGGUCAGGAGGGGGCACUCAAAGACAUGUCCCAGGGCCUGGGGGGGCUGAAGGGACUCCGUCAUCUCAGCCUCACAGCCCUGCGGCUCCCAGGACACCUGCGCUUGCUGCUAAGCUCUCUCUCCCAACCCCUUGAGGUGCUAGAACUCCCUUACUUGAGCCUGACACCAGCCGACCUGUCCUACCUGUCCUGUAGUCCCCAUGCGUCAUCCCUCCAGCGCUUGGACCUGAGUGAGAACCGCCUGGACGAGUCCUCGCUGCCCUCCCUGCGCCGACUCCUCUCCCAGGCCACACUCUCCCUCGCUCAGCUCUCCCUCUGCGGCUGUGGCCUCUCGGACGGCCUGCUGGCGACGCUGCUGCCCUCCCUGUCCUGCUGCCGGGCUCUGCAGAGCCUGAGGCUCGCUUUGAACCCCCUCUCACUCACGGGACUGCUGUCGCUGGUCCGGACGGCCGCAGGGAUACCCUCCCUCCGGCUGCUCCUGUACCCCAACCCGCUGGAGGAGUACGAGGCCGGACUGCCCCCCAUGCCCUCCAGCGCCCAACUACUGGACUGGCCCUUGGCAGAGGAGGGGGAGAUCCGGGAAGCCGUUUUGUUUCAACUGGAGGAGCUCCUUAGGCAGAGUGGACGAUCUAGUGACCUCUUCCUGACCUCAGACCUGCUGAACUUUACCAAAGAUCUCUUGGAGGUUGAGUAGCUUGAUGAUCUCAGUGAGAGCUGUCAGCAAGACUGGACCGUGAUUGAGACAGCCUUACAUGGUGAUUAAAAGGCCAAAGUGCUGGACAGACUCCAUACUAUGUCUGAGAUGUAAACCUGGCAUGUCCCCAAGAGAUGCUCAGGACUGUAAAGUUCAGUUGUGUAUGACGUGUGAUAUCAGGGGUAAACAUACCAGGUAAGGGGGUUGUUCUGGAUAUCGUAAGCUUACAGGAAUAGUUCACACAAGAAGUGCCUGACAAUCUGUAAUGAUGGGUUAUGUGGAUUAUGCUCUGUGAAAGAUUUUAAUGUGAGUUCUUUUUUUAAAAAAAAAAAAAAAAAUAUAUAUAUAUAUAU